AAAAUCAGUUAUCUGGUCCAUUGCCAGAACUACUAUGUCAAAAUGGAACCCUCCAAAACAUUACUGUGUCUGAGAACAUGCUUACAGGUCCAAUCCCCGGAAGCUUGAAAAAUUGCUCAAGCUUGAUUAGGACCCGUUUCAAUGGGAACCAUUUCCACGGUAACUUGUCAGAAAUGUUUGGCAUCUAUCCCUUUUUGGAUUUCAUAGACCUCAGCAACAACGAAUUCUAUGGGGAACUCUCCAGCAGCUGGGGAAAAUGCAAAAUCUUGAGAACCCUGAUGGUUGCAAAUAGCAAUAUCACAGGUGGUAUACCUCCAGAACUUGGAAAUUUAACUCAACUACAUACACUUGAUCUUUCUUCAAACUUUUUAUCUGGGGAGAUACCAAGGGUAGUGGGGAAGUUGGCCUCUAUGCUUGAACUAGAUUUACAUGACAACCAACUCACUGGCAGUAUACCUCAGGAAUUGGGAGCACUGACAGGACUUCUUUAUCUAGACCUGUCCACAAACUCCUUAAAUGGAUCUUUUCCAGAACAUUUGGGAGAUUUGAGGCACUUGUUUCUCAUGAACUUGAGCAACAACGUAUUAAGCCAAAAGAUUCCAUUCCAGAUUGGGAAGUUGACCCAACUUUCUGAAUUGGAUUUGAGUCGAAAUUUCUUCACAGGAGAGAUACCAUCUGAGUUCCAAAGUUUGCAGAGCCUAGGAACAUUGGAUCUCUCACACAAUAACCUCUCUGGUUUAAUCCCAAAGGCUUUAACCAAAUUGCCGGGUUCAUUGCACAUCAAUAUUUCAUUCAAUAAUUUAGAGGGUCCAAUUCCGAGUGGUAGAGCCUUUGUGAAUUUAACCAUAGAGGAAGUACAAGGAAAUACAGGUUUGUGCGGGAAUAUUUCAGGGUUACCGGCUUGUGAAAGUUCUCCGUUGAUUAAAAAGCAUGUCAAGAAUAAGGGGAAGAAACUUCUUGUCACAAUAUUAUGUCCUCUUCUGGGAUCAUUUAUACUUCUAUGUGCAUUCUUUGGGGGACUCAGAUUGCAUGAGCAAUGGAGAAAAAGUUCAGGAAUGGAAGAUAAGGAUAUGAAGAAAGGCGAUUUAUUUUCCAUAUGUACUUUUGAUGGCAAAGCAUUGUAUAAAGAAAUACUAAUGGCUACAGAAGAGUUCAGUGACAUACUCUGCAUUGGUAAAGGAAGUUAUGGAAGUGUUUACAGAGCACAGCUUUCAUCAGGCGAUGUAGUAGCUGUAAAGAGACUUCACAACAUGCCUGAGAUGGCAAGUCAUAGAAAUUUCUUGAAUGAGAUACGGGCCUUGACAGAAAUCAAGCAUCGAAACAUUGUGAAACUCUUUGGCUUCUGCUCAAAUGCUCAGCAUUCAUUUUUGGUAUGUGAGUACCUUGAAAGAGGGAGCUUGGCCAAAAUCUUUAGCAUAGAAGAAGAAGCUAAGGAACUAGACUGGCGAAAGAGAUUAAAAAUCAUCAAAGGCAUUGCUCAAGCUUUAUCUUACAUGCAUCAUGAUUGUUCACCAGCAAUUGUACAUCGGGACAUAUCAAGCAACAACAUUUUGCUUGAUCCAGAAUAUGAGUCUCACAUUUCAGAUUUUGGCACUUCUAAGUUUCUGAAAAAUGAUUCAUCUAAUUGGAGUUCUCUUGCAGGCACAUAUGGAUAUGUUGCACCAGAAUAUGCCUACACAAUGAAAGUAACUGAAAAGUGUGACGUUUAUAGCUUUGGGGUCCUGACAAUGGAAGUGAUGAAAGGAAAGCAUCCCGGUGACUUGAUUGCUUAUCUAAUGUCUUCAAGCCCUGAAGAGAUAGAACUGAAAGACUUGCUCGAUCAAAGGCUUCUGUAUCCCAAUGAAGAAAUUGAAAACAUUCUGGCAUCCGUUCUUAAACUAGCAAGAGCAUGUCUACACGUUGAUCCACAAUCUAGGCCAACGAUGCUCUUUAUUUCCAGGCUGUUAUCAACUGGUGCAUCGUCUGUGUAACACUUUCACUAUCAAGCAACAGCACAAGAUGACAUGAUGAUGAAUAUGGCAGAGUAUUUAGCGGCACAAGAUUUUGGGAAAAAAAAAAUGUUGUGGCUACUGGCUAUGCAUUUAUAUAGAGGUGCAGUACAAUGGGCUACUGCCAGUGUAGAAGUCUUGAAAUGUGCUGAGUUUGUAUUUAUUGGAAAAAUAAUCUAUUCGUAGCUAGUAAUUCAGUGGGUGAAUUGAUACGAAAAAAAUAUAAAAACAGUGAAUGGAUGA